CGCAGCCCGAGCUCCACUCAGCGGCCGGCCGGAGGGUGGGUGCGCCCGCGCGCAGCGUGAGCUUGCUGGCUGGCGUCCACCGCCCGGACGAGGUGGGCGAGUAGCUGCCGGAGGCGACCCCCAGAGUUAGAUGGUUGGAGAUGAUUGUAUGAUGCUUGAUUCACCCUGGAAUCAAUGUGGACCGAGGUGCUGCUGAGUUUUUUUGUGUGUCUGCUCUGCCUGACCCUGAAGUGUCUCUCAUGUCCACAUUUACCAGAGCCUGUAUAAGAAGGAGGAUGGGAGGCUGGCUGAAUAAAAAUGACCAUGUCCGAGACCUAAGAAGGAUCACUCUCUGUCUUCUGGUAGUGUAUAUGGCCGUUUUGGUGGGCACAGAGCAGGAUUUUUACAGUUUACUUGGCGUAUCCAAAACUGCAAGCAGUAGAGAAAUAAGACAAGCUUUUAAGAAGUUAGCAUUGAAGUUACAUCCUGAUAAAAACCCGAACAACCCAAAUGCGCAUGGUGAUUUCCUAAAAAUAAAUAGAGCAUAUGAGGUACUCAAAGAUGAAGAUCUACGCAAAAAGUACGAUAAAUAUGGAGAGAAAGGGCUUGAAGAUAACCAAGGAGGCCAGUAUGAGAGCUGGAACUAUUAUCGCUAUGAUUUUGGUAUUUAUGAUGAUGAUCCUGAAAUCAUAACACUGGAAAGAGGAGAAUUUGAUGCUGCUGUUAAUUCUGGAGAACUGUGGUUUGUAAACUUUUACUCCCCAGGAUGUUCACACUGUCAUGAUUUAGCCCCCACUUGGAGAGAAUUUGCUAAAGAAGUGGAUGGGUUACUUCGAAUUGGAGCUGUAAACUGUGGUGAUGACCGAAUGCUUUGCCGAAUGAAAGGAGUCAGCAGUUACCCAAGCCUCUUCAUCUUCAGGUCUGGAAUGGCUGCAGUGAAAUACCACGGAGACAGAUCAAAGGCGAGUUUAGUGAAUUUUGCCAUGCAGCAUGUGAGAAGCUCAGUGACAGAACUGUCAACAGGGAAUUUUGUUAACUCCAUACAAACUGCUUUUGCUGCUGGUAUUGGCUGGCUGAUCACUUUCUGCUCUAAAGGAGGAGAUUGUCUGGCUCCACAGACACGGCUCAGGCUCAGCGGCAUGCUGGAUGGUCUUGUUAACGUGGGGUGGAUGGACUGUGCGGCACAGGACAACCUUUGUAGGAGUCUGGACAUUACAACAAGUACUACAGCUUACUUUCCUCCUGGAGCCACGUUAAAUAACAAAGAAAAGGGCAGCAUUUUGUUUCUGAAGUCAUUGGAUGCUAAAGAAAUAUAUUUGGAAAUAAUGAACAAACUUCCAGAUUUUGAACUACUUUCAUCAAAAACACUAGAGGAUCGUUUGGCACAUCAUCGCUGGCUUAUAUUUUUCCAUUUUGGAAAAAAUGAAAAUUCAAAUGAUCCUGAGUUGAAAAAACUGAAAACUCUACUUAAAAAUGACCAUAUUCAAGUUGGAAGGUUUGAUUGCUCUUCUGCACCAGGCGUGUGUAGGGAUCUCUAUGUUUUCCAGCCCUGUCUAGCAGUAUUUAAAGGACAAGGAACCAAAGAAUAUGAAAUCCAUCAUGGAAAGAAGAUUUUAUAUGAUAUACUUGCUUUCACCAAAGAAAGUGUUAAUUCUCACGUUACCACCCUUGGACCUCAAAAUUUCCCAUCCAGCGACAAAGAACCAUGGCUGGUUGACUUUUUUGCCCCUUGGUGUCCACCGUGCCGGGCUCUGCUGCCAGAGCUGCGGAAGGCAUCGACACUCCUCUACGGGCAGCUGAGGUUUGGCACGCUGGAUUGCACAGUCCACGAAGGGCUCUGCAGCAUGGAUCUUAGGAACCCUUCAGUGGUCACUCUCACACCCACCACAUUCAACGAACUGGUUAAACACAGGAAGCACGACGAGGUCUGGAUGGUUGAUUUCUAUUCCCCGUGGUGUCACCCCUGUCAAGUCCUAAUGCCAGAAUGGAAAAGAAUGGCACGGACAUUAACUGGACUGAUCAGUGUGGGCAGUGUAGACUGCCAACAGUAUCAUUCUUUUUGUGCCCAAGAAAAUGUUCAGAGAUACCCUGAGAUAAGAUUUUUUCCCCAACGAUCAAAUAAAGGUUAUCAGUACCAUAGUUACAAUGGUUGGAAUAGGGAUGCUUACUCCCUAAGAAUCUGGGGCCUAGGAUUUUUACCUCAAGUGUCCACAGAUUUGACACCACAGACUUUCAGUGAAAAAGUUUUACAAGGAAAAAAUCACUGGGUAGUAGAUUUCUAUGCACCGUGGUGUGGACCAUGCCAAAAUUUUGCUCCAGAGUUUGAGCUCUUGGCUAGGAUGGUUAAAGGAAAAGUGAGAGCCGGGAAGGUAGACUGCCAGGCGUAUGCCCAGACCUGCCAGAAAGCCGGGAUUCGUGCCUAUCCAACAGUUAAGCUUUACACCUAUGACAGAGCCAAGAGAAGUAUUUGGGAAGAGUAUGUGAGUGCUAGAGAUGCAAAAACAAUCGCUGCCUCCAUUCAUGGAAAACUGGAAGUGCUCCAAAAGCAGGAAAAGAGAAGCAAGGAUGAACUUUGAUGAUAUUGAAGAAAAAUUGAAAAAAAAAAUGUGAAAUACAACAUCAGACGACGACCCCUUUUAAGGAUGUUAACCACAUUCAUGGUGGAAGCUGAUGAGCACUGUCUUGUACUGACAGGAACUGCACUGCCUGAAGUCUGUACGACGCUGGUAUAAUGAAAAGUUUGCAGACUUCUUUGGAAAAGGACAGAUCACAAAUGUUUUAGGUUUUGUGGACUAUAUUUGUUUCUUUGUCACAACUUUGUUUUUAAUGACGCUUUUAAAAAAUAGAAAAACCCAUUCUUAGCUCAGGGCCAUCCAAAAAUAGAUGACAAGGCAGAUUGAGUUUAUAGGCCUUGAUUCCUGACGCCCAGAAAUGUUUUCCUGUCUGGCUCUCCCAUGAGCUCAUUCACUGUACUAAGUGGAUUACUUUUCAGUGAAAAGAUAUAACUUGAUUAUCAAAAAUACUCAAAUACGGUAAAAUAAAUAGAUACCCUACUUUCAUGCUGUUUGUAGUGAAGGAAUUGUCCAUUUUGCUUUAAAAGUUGAAGGGGUUAUCUUUUGCAAUUGAGAAAUUUUUCACAACUGUAAAUAUAAAAAUCUUACAGACUACCUUAUCACCCACAAAAGCCAGAGGGAGAAGAGCCCCCGGUGAGUAGACAGGCCUCUGAGUGACCCCAUAUAGCAUGUACAGUUCUAAUCUUAAAGUAUGUAUGAAUUUAUUUUCUGAAAUUGCUUCCAUAAAAAUUUUCUCACUGAUAGGUCAUUUUUUGAGGCAUAUUUCUAAUAUUUACAUAUUUACUUUGAGUUUUCUAUUUAUUUACAUUGAUUUUUCAUAGCUGUUGUUUUCUAUUCCAUUUUACUGUAGCUUAUAAUGAUACUGUGGUUAUUCCAGUCACUAAAUGUCAGAGCCUGCCUUUUUCAGAUAAUUGUUGGCAUAACUGAAGUUAUUUUUAUAAGCAAAUCAAGUAUAUAAAUCUAAAAUGGGA